GAACAACUUAAGGGGCCGUCCACUCUCUACAUUCUUUUCCCGUCGUUCCUUUCGGCAUAGUCACAUUUGCUCGCCUUCCAAAAAUUGGUUGCUCUUCCCCGAGGCCGCGGCACCCUACCUCCUAGCACCUUCCUUGAACACAACAACUCGCGCUCCAGUCCAAUCUCACUCGGACUCUGAUCAGAGAAAUCCCCAAAGUCCACACCUCUUCAUCUCUACGCUUCCAACCUGCAUUCACUCAAACUCACAGCCCUCCAUGUCGUCCUGCGCAAGCACAAUGCAGUCGCAGUUCGUCGUCGGUGCAUUGAGAGCACAGCUGCCUGCUAUCAAGCAGCUCUUCUUGCGUGGACAGUACCGGCAGUGUGCAGCGGCCGCGCAGUCCCUUCUUCUCGAGAUAAGCCGAGACGAGCCACGCAUGCACGUCGCUUUUCUGCACUUCUAUGUCGCCCUCUCGCACCAUGAAACCUCGCGAAACAUGCGUAUUUUGAACGACCAGCGACAGUCGUCCCUGGAACUGGCCGAGAAGCAUUAUGUGGCCGCCCUAGAGUCGCUGUAUAUGCUGCCAACUACUACCGAGCUUGAAACCAUCGAUGAGGUAUCUGAUCACUCAGGAGAUGAAGACAGUAUGGUGGAGUCUUGCAAUCCUUCAAACCGCAGCUCCAUUAAUCAUAAACGCUCUUCCCUAGACUCCAGCUUGACCGACGACACAUCGGUAUACAGUGACGACGAGUCCGAUUCAGCAUUUCCUCCAACGCCAAAGAUGUUCAACCGCUCUCCACCAUCUCGUAACUUCCUAGACGACCUCACUCUGCCUUCUCAGAAGCUAUUCCGCAACCCGUCAUUAACAUCGAUUCCGAGUCCUGAGAUUGAACGCUACAACGUCAACCUCACCAGCUUCACUAGCAUGCUACACUCGCAUAUCUACGCGGUUCGCUCGCUCCAGAAAGCUCAGGCGGCAGAGGACACGGGCCAUUCUAUCUCUCAGGGAUGGCAUGCCGUUCCGUACACAAGCUCUGGACCUCGGUAUUCCGGGACUGCCAAGAACGGGUCAAAGUUUGCUCACUUCGUCAGAGGUCGUGCGAAGCUUCUCCCACGGCAGAGGUUCGAUUCCAGAAAAUACGAGGAUCUCUGCCGAAAGGCACUCGCAGAGCUGUGACAUCCUGAGGUGACAGACUUGCCGAACUUAUAACCGCCCACACGAUAUCCAGUAUGCUAGACGAUUGAGACGAUGAAGGGACUGGUGCUCAUGAUGCAGAAGACGCGACAUGAUUUGGAAUGGUAUGGUUAUCCGUGGACGAGACGUUAGGCUCGGUUUCGACUGCCUUGAGAUUAGGGCGGCAAGGCGUUCAGAUGAUUGCGUGGUCUUUCACAACAGCAUGGGCGUUAUUAUGGAUACCCUGACUCUUCUUACCAGCUGGUUUGAACAGCGUAAUGCGGUUUGGUCCACUGGCUGUGCCUUGAUUUCCUUGAGCUUUUUUCUUUGCGUUACUUGCUUUGUUUGCUCUAGUAUACUAUUUUAACUCAAUUAAUGAUGGUCAAAGGUAGCAAAGGGUAUACCUAUAGCUUUGAGAUGAUAGCGAGAACACAUUUGUAAGAAUAGAGAACGAUGAAGCAGUCUUGAGCAUAA